AUGGAACGACUGAGCAUUGUGCCGAUCAUAGCCCGAUCUGGACACACUACGGAGCCAAUCCCGCUUUCAAAGAUCGGACAUCGUACCCCCAUUCUCUCUCCGUUCAUUCACGACCAUCACCAUCGCCCACUGCAUACUGCACCGACACCAUCCCAUCCACCCACCAUGUCCCGAACCUCCCUCCGCCCUCAACGCGUCGACGCCCCCCUCACCCAAUUCGCAACCUUCCUCGUCCUGACCCUCGAUCCCUCCCCCCCAUCCCUCUCCACCGUCCGCACCACCCUCGCCUCCCUCUCCGACCUCACCAAAAACAUCACCAUCCGCGACCCCUCCGCCCACUUCACCUGCACCGUCGGCAUCGGCAGCACGAUCUGGGACGAUCUCACGCGUCUCCCGCGCCCCUCCGAACUGCGCCCAUUCCCCGAAAUCCCGGGCCCCAAACACACCGCCAUCUCCACCCCCGGCGACCUCCUCUUCCACAUCCGCUCCGAGCGCCGCGACCUCUGCUUCGAAUUCGAGCGUCAACUCCUCGACCGCCUCGGCCACACCGUCACCGUGGUCGACGAAACCGAAGGCUUCCGCUACUUCGACAUGCGCGAUCUCCUCGGCUUCGUCGAUGGAACCGCCAACCCGGUGGGUCCCGCCGUCCCGGACGCAGUCCUCAUCACCAAGAACACUGACCCCGCCGCCGCGGGGGGCAGUUACAUCGUUAUCCAGAAAUACCUGCACGAUCUGAGCGCCUGGAAAUCCCUCCCGAUCGAACACCAAGAACGGAUUAUCGGCCGGACGAAACUAGAAAACAUCGAGUUGGCGGAUGCAGAAGAUGGCGCGCAACAAUCGCAUAAAUCGCUUGCGACGAUCGAGGAUGAGAAUGGCGAGGAAUAUGCGAUUGUCAGGGAUAAUAUGCCGUUUGGGGCCCCGGGGAAGGGCGAGUUCGGGACGUAUUUUAUUGGGUAUACGGCACGGUUGUGGGUGAUUGAGAAGAUGUUGGAACGGAUGUUUGUGGGGGAACCGAGGGGGAAAUAUGAUCGGAUUUUGGAUUUCUCGGUGCCAAAGACGGGAGGGACGUUUUUUGCGCCGGGAGGGGGGGUUCUCGAUAGUUUGGAUGAUCAUUAA